GUUAAGUUAGGUAGGACCGCAGGGCCCGGGAAGUAUAAUGUUUUUUCGUCAAUUCCUCGGAUAUGACACCCUUGAGGAAUGAGUUCAAGAGAAGGGCUUUGGGUCGAGCUCAUAUGAAGCCAUCUCCUCCCUUCUACCGCCCCGCCGCCGCAUCCGUUUCAUACAUGUACUCUCUUUCUCAAUUGGGUUCCGAUUCCAAAGCUUUCUGCUCCGCCCAGCAAAGAUCCCUGGACUCCAAUAUCAGGACAGUAGAAGACACUUCUCGAGGGCGUCGAAAAAAUUUGACUUUCCGGCAGCAAUCUGUCAAGAAUCCACAGAGUCAUCCUUACUAUUCCGACCAUCACCCACCUCCGAAUUUGAACUCCAAUCAACACUUUAAUGGUCAGCAGUUUAGACCAGCAUCACAGCUGAACCAGACCGGUCCACGUGCUCCACCUCCCAAGGCUCUGAAUUUCCGGUACUGGGAGUAUGCUAAAACUGCACCUCCUCCUCACUGCGAACGGUUCACUGUACUAUCAUAUAAUAUUCUAGCUAAUUACCUCGCGACCAACCAUCGGGCGAAACUUUAUGGUCACUUACCUCUGCAUAUUCUGGAGUGGGAGUCACGCAAGAGAAGUCUUGUUUUUGAACUUGGACUAUGGUCAGCCGAUGUACUGUGUUUACAGGAGGUCGAUAGAUUUCAAGAAAUGGAGGCUGAAUUGCAGUUUCAAGGAUACAGUGGCAUAUGGAAGAUGCGAACUGGUGAUGCAGUGGAUGGGUGUGCAAUAUUUUGGCGUGAUUCUAGAUUGAAGUUGCUUCAGGAAGAUUCCAUUGAAUUCAGAAAGCAUGGUCUUCGUGAUAAUGUUGCCCAGAUAUGUGUAUUUGAGUUGUUGGAUCAAAAUAAAGGCGACAGUAGUGAAGCUUCCGCUAUACGCUCAUCAACUGCUAAUAAAGUUGUGGUUUGUAAUAUUCACGUGCUUUUCAAUCCUCGAAGGGGUGAGAUGAAGCUUGGACAGAUGAGACUGCUUCUUGAUAAGGCUGAUCAUUUUUCAAAACUUUGGAAUGGUGCUCCGGUUGUAAUUUGUGGAGAUUUUAACAGCACACCCAAGAGCCCAUUGUACAACUUCAUUGCUGAACGAAAGCUGGACAUAUUAAAAGUAGCUCGAGAUAAGGUCUCCGGGCAGCACCCUGAUUCGGAAAAUUCACCCAAACAUUCAUCUCCUAUGAAUAGGCCCAAUUCUUCUACAGACUCUGUUAAAGAUGCAUCAGUCUCACAUGAGGGAGAAGAAAGAGAGGCAUGUUCCAAUCUAGUUUUAAGCACAUUGUCCCCAAUAGUUGCAUCAGGAGAUGGACUUUCAAGAGGCUGCGGGUCCCAAACUCAAAAUUCUGUAGUGAAUGGCUCCAGCAAAACUUUUGUGGGUGCUCACUUUGAAGAUAAAGCUAUGGAAAGAACAGUAGAAUAUUUCACAGAUUCCCAAAGAACAUCUACUAUUCGUCUCAAUGCAGAUAGCCCUCAUAUCUAUGAUAGUGAAGGUUCAAUACCAUCAACUCUAGAAGAAGGGGUAGAAGAUCAGUCUUCAGGUGAAGACUCUGCGACGUUUUUAUCUGAGCUAUGUGGUGCAUCUGAUCGGACUCCACUUUCAGUAUCUGAGCGCGGAGAACCAGAUGAACGGUCUGGGCUAUCUUCUGUUUCUCACAGCAAAGAGUUACCUGGUGUCCGCGGUGCAGAUUUUCGGGGCACUUAUUAUGACCCAACAGCUUGGACUCCAAUAGAGAUACAAACUGCAACGGGAAGCAUGGACUGCACAGUAAUGGAACACCAUCUGAGGCUGACAAGUGUGUAUCGGGAAGUAGAGAAUGUUGUGGGAAAAAGAGAUUCAAUUGGAGAACCAGAGGCGACCAGUUACCACAAUGCAUUCCUGGGCACAGUUGAUUACAUAUGGCGUUCUGAAGGUCUUCAAACUGUGAGGGUGCUUGCUCCAAUUCCAACACAAGCCAUGCAGUUUUAUCGGGGUUUCCCCACAAAGAAAUGGGGAAGUGAUCAUAUUGCUUUGGUCUCAGAGUUGGCCUUCACGGAAAGAAGGCUUUCCGGUCAAGAACGCCAAAGCUGAGUACUCGACCCUUCUUCACACUUCGCUACCAGCUUCUUUAGUUUGGAAGUUGCUUUUGUUAAAAAUUUACAGGGGGAAUUGAUUGUGCACCCCUUCUUGAGUGAUAUCAGACUAUUUAAGUCUGAUCCGGUCUGGUCUGUUUAAGUUUGGUUUGAUCUGAAGUGGUCUGAUCCGCUAAAUGUAUAUUACUACGUAUAUGUUAUUUUACUAUUAUUGAAAUCUAAUUUUGUAAGUACAAGUCUCGUCUAAUCUUAUUCUUUAGAUUGAAUUCAGUCAAUUUUAAAAUAUUCAUAAUAUCUUUAUGCGCACUUUUUCA